AUGAGGAGGUGGAUUCUAUCUCACAACCUGUCUCGAACAGUAUCUGGCCAUGCUGCUUCGAAGGUUUCCUGUGUACGAUACGAGCCGAUUGAAGACAUCGAACCAUUCGAGCGGUACGCUGCUGGAGGUUAUUAUCCGGUUCAGAUCGGCGACCAAUUCUGCUUGUCUCGUUAUCACAUUGUACACAAGCUGGGCCACGGGGCUUCUUCCACCACAUGGUUAGCACGUGACGAGCGUUUGACCAAGUACGUCGCGAUCAAAUUCGUCGUGUCGGAACGUAACCGUCCAUUCGAGAGCGCUAUACUGAAAAUCUUGCGGGAUGGGAAAAGAUGCGAUGCGGAAGCACAUGCCGGCAUUGCUAUGAUACCAGAGAUGUUGGAUGAGUUCGACGUGGAAGGUCCAGAGAUCCAGGGCACAAAGGGAUAA